GCGCCGUGUCCCUGCUCCCUCAGUUACAGAAAGUGGCCGCCUCUCUGCUGCUGUCGACCCAAAGCUCAUAGACUCACUCGUUGCCUAGACCCGCCAUCUUGGAGUCAGAGAACUGAGAGUCGGCAGCAGCUACGAGAGAGCGCAAAAGGGGGACACGGGGCCAAGGUGAGAAAGUGUUUUGGAGGUAAUGUGGUGAGGGAGCUAUGGGGUAAGAUGGCCGGGAGGGAGAAAGAAUUAGAUCGCGGGGAUCCGAAAACAGAGGCUUCUGAGACGACCCUCGUGCCUAUUCAAGGGGACGGAGAGGUGCUGGAAAGAUUCCUAGGCCUCGCUGUAACAAGCCAAAGUUGCUUUCCCCGAAAAUGAAUUGUAUUACUAAAAUACUCAUAUGUCCAGGGAAGGUGGUAGCCUUAAAGGGGCAGAACCCAUUUGAAUAACUCAAGAUUUCAGGCCUUUUCACAUCUUCUGAACUGACAGUUGUGAUUGGAGAUAAUGAGAUAAUCCAUAUCCCACAUUAGAAAGUGAGUAUCCCUGCCCAAUAGGACCUAAAGGUCUCAGUCCUCCAUGGCGUCUGGGGCUGGGCAGGCAGAGGCCGACGAUGGGGCAGCAUGGUCGUCAUCAGGCCUGGCCAAGCCUCUUCACCUCCAGCACCUGGAGAGAUCCCUACGCCUUGACAGCUUCCUCCGCCAGACCGCCUCGGUCUUCAACAGAGACCUAUCCAGUGAUGACAGCGACGAUGGUGGAUUGGGGGAGGGGCCUUCCAUGGGCCCGACCAAUCAGCACGCAGCCCUGGCGAUAAAGGAGGAGUCAUGUGACCUGGAGGAGGAGGGGCUUGUUACCGAGGGCAACCCCCUCAACGGAGCUCUAUCACAAGAACACAAGGCAGACAAAGACAGUCUAUACAACUUCUCCAAACUCAAGAAGAGCAGGAAAUGGCUGAAGAGUAUCCUGUUGAGUGAUGACACCAGUGAGUCAGACACAGAGGAGUCUGACUUCAGUCUGUCCAGAGAAGAGCUACAGGAUAUGCUCAGACUGCACCAGUUCACCAGGGAGCACCAGAACAAGUUCCACAACGACAGAGAGCUGCAGCAGUAUCAAUACUAUAGCACAGGACUGCUCUCCUCCCAGGACCCCUUCUAUGAACAGCAGCGCCACCUGCUGGGCCCCAAGAAGAAGAAGAUCAAGGAGGAGAAGAAAUUCAAGGGCAAGCUAAAGAAAGGGAAGAAGAAGAAGAAGAGGGUAGAGGGGGAGUUCUCAGGCGAGGGGCGGCCGUAUGUCACCAAGAUCUUCGCCAAGUUUUCCCAUGAUGCCCCUCUUCCCAUGUUGAAGAAGAAGCACCUGACUGUAGAGCAGCUGAACGCACGACGACGAAAAGUCUGGCUCACCAUCGCCAAGAAGGAGUGCCCCAAGGCAUUCAAGCAAAAAGCAUCAGCCAAGAACUUUGUCCUUACCAAUGCCAAAAAGCUGGCUCACCAGUGUAUGCGUGAGGUACGUAGGGCAGCCAUUCAAGCCCAGAAGAACUGCAAGGAGACCCUUCCCCGGGCCAGGAGACUGACCAAGGAGAUGACGCUCUACUGGAAGAAAUAUGAGAAGGUGGAGAAGGAGCACAGGAAGAGAGCUGAGAAGGAAGCUCUGGAACAACGCAAGCUGGACGAGGAGAUGAGAGAGGCGAAGCGUCAGCAGCGUAAGCUGAACUUCCUGAUCACCCAGACAGAGCUGUAUGCCCACUUCAUGGGGGGCAAGGGUCCUGGGGAGGACGGAGAGGAGGAGGAGGGGGGACAGGAGGACAUUCUCAACAAGCUGGAUGACACCACCUCUCACAGGCAGAUGGACAUCGGGGGAGGGGUGAUGGUCAACGUUGGACAGGAGGACUACGAUAGUGAAUACUACAAGUCACAGGCCCUAAGGAACGCUAAAGAGGCCUACGACAUCCACCAGGCCAGAACGCGUCUCUUUGAUGAGGAGGCUAAGGACAGUCGCUGUGCCUCCCUGCACCAGGCCAGCGGGUCAGGGUCAGGGUUCGGGGAGAGCUACAGCCUGUCUAACCCUUCUAUCCAGGCCGGGGAAGACAUCCCCCAGCCAACCAUCUUCAACGGGAAACUGAAGGGCUACCAACUCAAAGGCAUGAACUGGCUGGCUAACCUCUACGAACAGGGUAUCAAUGGUAUCCUAGCAGAUGAGAUGGGUCUGGGGAAGACUGUUCAGAGCAUCGCCCUGCUGGGGCACCUGGCUGAGCGUGACAACAUCUGGGGUCCGUUCCUCAUCAUCUCUCCUGCCUCCACGCUGAAUAACUGGCACCAGGAGUUUACACGCUUUGUCCCCAAAUUCAAGGUUCUGCCGUACUGGGGUAACCCUCACGACCGCAAGGUGAUCAGGAAGUUCUGGAGCCAGAAAACCCUGUACACCCAGAAUGCUCCAUUCCAUGUGGUCAUCACCAGUUACCAGCUGGUAGUUCAGGAUGUCAAGUACUUCCAGAGGGUCAAGUGGCAGUACAUGGUUCUGGAUGAGGCCCAGGCCCUAAAGAGCAGUACCAGUGUUCGAUGGAAGAUCCUGCUGCAGUUCCAGUGUAGAAACAGACUGCUGCUCACUGGAACACCUAUACAGAACACCAUGGCAGAGUUGUGGGCCCUUCUCCAUUUCAUCAUGCCUACGUUGUUUGACUCUCAUGAAGAGUUCAACGAGUGGUUCUCUAAAGACAUCGAGAGCCAUGCAGAGAACAAGUCUGCCAUCGACGAGAACCAGCUGUCCAGGCUCCAUAUGAUCCUGAAACCCUUCAUGUUGAGGAGGAUCAAGAAGGACGUAGAGAACGAGCUCUCUGACAAGAUUGAGAUCCUAACAUACUGCCAGUUGACGUGCAGACAGAGGCUGCUCUACAGAGCUCUGAGGAACAAGAUCUCCAUUGAGGACCUUCUCCAGUCUUCUAUGGGUUCAUCGCAACAGGCUCACAACACUACCUCAUCCCUUAUGAACCUGGUCAUGCAGUUCAGAAAGGUGUGUAACCACCCGGACCUGUUUGAGCGCCAGGAGACCCGUUCUCCCUUCCACAUGUCCCUGAGACCCUACAUCAUGUCCAAGUUCCUCUACCGCAACGGACUCAUCUCCACACACACACACAGCAGGAACAAGCUGCUCCAGGUUCUACUGUCUCCCUUCUCUCCUGAUCACAUCCAGCAGUCCCUCUUCCACAGGAAAGGUGAUCAUGAAGGAAGUUGUUUCUCCUUCCUGCGUUUCAUCAAUGUAUCGCCAGCCGAGAUGUCCAACGUCAUGCUGCAAGGCACUGUGGUCAGGUGGUUAGCUCUUUUUCUGUCCCUGAAGGAAGCAUAUCGGCUCCACCAGAGACGCAUGUGGGGCCUGGAAGAUGGAGAGGGGAAUGGAGGGAGGAUAGGAGGAGGAGAGGAAGAUGGGAGCGGGAGGCCCAGGAGUCAAUGUCUCUCUCGGAGGGGACUGAUCCUCUGGCUGGACCGACCUACUGCUUUCCCCAACACACACACCAGCACAGUGCUACAGGACCUGGUGUUCACCCGUCACAGACCGGGUCUGAUGGGUCACUGUGAUGUUCUGGUCCACAGUCGACACUCUGCCAACUCCACCACCCUACGACCAGGCCUACCCACACAGCCACCCAAGUUCCUGCUCACCGCUGUGCCAAGGGUAACGGCGGUUCCCAUGGAGCGUUACUGUGACGACCGCAGCGCUGAGUACGAGUGGCAGGAAACGCUGGCAGGAGGGGGCAUGGCCGCCAAGCAGUGCUUCCUGUACGGCUCCCCUGAUCUGGCCUCUGAUUGGAUGUCCCGAGCCAACGCUUUCUACCCACGAUGCCCUGGGGGAGUGAUGGCGCUCUACCCCCGCCACGGCUGGUCCUACAUCAGAAUACCAGACAAGGAGACCCUGAUCACUGACAGUGGGAAGCUCCACACUCUAGACCUGCUGCUGUGUCGCCUCAAGGCUCAGGGACACCGAGUCCUCAUCUACUCACAGAUGACUCGCAUGAUAGACCUACUCGAGGAGUACAUGGUGUAUCGUAAACACACCUACAUGCGUCUGGAUGGCUCCUCCAAGAUCUCAGAACGCAGAGACAUGGUGGCUGACUUCCAGAGCCGGACUGAUAUCUUUGUGUUCCUCCUGAGUACGAGGGCUGGAGGUCUGGGCAUCAACCUGACUGCUGCUGACACUGUGAUCUUCUAUGACAGUGACUGGAACCCCACAGUGGACCAGCAGGCGAUGGACAGAGCUCACCGCCUGGGUCAGACCAAGCAGGUCACUGUGUACCGUCUCAUCUGUCAGCUCACUAUAGAGGAGAGGAUACUGCAGAGGGCCAAGGAGAAGAGUGAGAUCCAGAGGAUGGUGAUCUCCGGGGGUAACUUUAAACCAGACACCCUGAAGCCUAAAGAGGUGGUCAGUCUGCUGUUGGAUGACGAGGAGCUGGAGAAGAGACUGCGUGUUCGUCAGGAGGAGAAGAGACAACAGGAGGAGUGCAGCAAGGUGAAGGACCGCAAGAGGAAGAGAGAGAAAUACGCUGACAAGAGAAAGAAGGAUGACGAGGAUCCUAAGAGGAGGAAAGAAGUGAACCUGGUCAUCCCUUACAUCCCGUCUGCAGACAACUCUAACCUCUCAGCCGAUGGAGAUGAUUCAUUCAUCAGUGUAGACAUGGACGACUCUGCCAUGCCCAGCCCCUUCAGCGAGAUCUCUCUGAGUAGUGAGCUCCAGCCCAGCUCCCUGCCUCCAGACCAUGACCCAGACCAGGACCCAGACCCAGACCAGGACGAGAGCAGCAGUGACAUGCUAGUCAUCGUAGACGACCCUGUGUCUUCAGCACCUCAGUCCAGAGCCACCAACUCACCUGUCAGCGUGUCUGGAUCCAUGUCGGACAACAUGAACGGUGUGUCUACUCAGGACACAUCCAGUCCGGGGACGGGAAGGUCAGGUAGGAGCCGGGGAAGACCCGGUUCGUGUUCUGGAGCCGGAGCCAAGUCUGCAGGGAAGGGCCGGGUCAGGAAGUCGACAGCGGGCAGCGCGGCCGCCAUAGCAGGAGCCAUGGCCGGGGCAGCAGCAGCCUCAGCAGCCUACGCAGCCUACGGAUACAGUGGGACUAAAGCGGGUCUCCCUGCAGCCUCCCCCCUCCAGCCGUCUCUGGGUCGGUCAGGGACGGCCCCAGCCUUCUCCCCCAGCAGCAGUUCCUCUCCCAAGGGGAAGGGUGGCGCUGUGGCCCCCAGCCCCCAGAAACAACCAGCCCCCAGCCAGAGUAACCCACAGCAGAAACAGCCAGGACAUAGCCACCACCACAGUCAUGGACAUGUGACAGGAAGGAAGGGCAAGGGACCUGGCGGACCUGGGGCACCUGGGGCUCGAUAGCAUAUAGAGAUGAUGGACAUCAACACAGUACAUAGAUACCGAUACACACACACACUGUCCUAAGGAUCUGAUAGAGGCCAGAAAGGUUACUCUGCUAUUGUGGGCAUCUGUGUUUAAACAAACACAACGUCUGCUGCACUGACCAGCUUCAACUGUGACCCCAUGUGACCUGCUCCACAACCAAUCAACACAGAGGUGAGAUGUUCCUUAACCAAUCACAUACAGAGGUGACAUCAUCACUACCUGGAAGACCAUGCUAUCCCAGAAGGCAUAGCGACAGAACAAAUGGGCACUGUCGGGCAUGAUGGACACUACUCUAUUCUGUACACACACACACACACACACACACACACACAAAUUAUCAUCGCAAGGUCCAAAACACACCCUCAUCCCUUCCACCAAACACCUCUUCCUUCCGUUAGUGCCCUCCACAGUAGACAUAUUCUGCAUCCUCCAGUGUGUGUGUGUGUGUGUUGUGACCCAGAGUAUUUCAAAGUGGUUUCUCUGUGACGAAAAGACAGAAAAUAGACUUGGUUUUCUGUCGAAAAUACUGAAAAGCAACUAGCCUGAGGUUGAACCCGUCUGUUGGUGCUUCUCAAUGCAGCACAGACAGACAGGCACUCCUUACAGCGACCGUGCAUCCACGCAUUAAGGGCUUCUAACGUAGAGUGCUCUCUUCAAAGGGGCGUCUGUUUCCACUCGCACUGAGCCAUCUCAUCCGUUAAGAUAGAACACUUGUUUAGGGUUAGAUCGGAAUGCUUGCAUCAAUGUUAGGUUUAUGUCACGUGUCCAUAGAAGUGUUUAAUACAUGUAUUAAAGUUGAUCUACUCUUCUCUGCAUUUCAGAACAGAAUGUAAAUGCAUACCAAACAACUAAAACGGACUGCUUUUUAAUUAUAGCUCUUAUUUUUAUAUUUAUAGACCUACCGAUGUUGUCAUAGUGACCCAUAUCAAAAUGGCAAAUUUGGAAUACCGUUUUGAAAAAAGCCUCUCUCUCUCUCUCUCCAUAGAGUUCAUCCCAACACAAUGAGACAUGAAGGAAUUAUAAUAUAUAUAUUUUGUCUGAUGAGAACUGAUUGAAGGGGUAUUUUGUGGUAAAUUGAAUUCCAAAGUGGUGAGCGCUGUUUAAUAAAGAUGUUUUGCUGAUCUGUUUGUGUAAAACUCAAGUGUGCUUCUGAAAUGAUGCCCUGUUCAUUACUUGUACUACCUUUUGAUAAAACUCUGGCCAAAAGUAGUGCACUAUUUUGGGAAUAGGGUGCCAUUUCAGAGGCAACCUAGUAGGUGUCCUUUAAAACUUAACUUGGAUUGUAAAAUGUACCAUAGAAUUUAAGUUUAAUUUAAAAGUGGGUAAUAAUUUAUCAGAAUUCAUGUGAACAUUGUAAAAAAUUGUAUUGAUGGCAUUUUUAUUUUUAAAAAACAGAAAAAUGUUAUACUUCUGAUCAGAGAAGUCAAUGAGUCUUUGUGAUGUCAUUCGGUGAUGUUUUUGGCAAUGAUGGCGCUCUCAUGUUAAAAGGUGUGGAACUAGGGGUUGCCAAAUCCUGGUCACUUUUCCACAUUUCCCCGGUUUUCCAGAAGUCCCGGUUGGAGGAUUCUCGGAAUUCCUGCUUAUUCAUUCCCUUGUAAUGCCACUAAUCUUCCAACCAGGAUUUCUGGAAAAACAGGGAAUUUUGGGAAAGUUACCGGAAUUUUGAAACCCUAUGUGGAGCCAAGCACUAUGUCUAGUUUUGAAAGUUUGUUCUGUGUUGGAUACUAUAGUGUGAUGAUGAAAUCUCUUCUCCUAUUACAUGGAUGUAAAUAAAAUUUGAGGGCGACAUGUUGUCCCCUGGUUGGUUCUUCCCCCCCAGUUUGCCUGUCUAUUUUUAUAGGUCAUGUGUAAAUAUGAAUACAAAGCUGUCAUUUUACUAACAGGAGAAGCCAAUUCAAAAUAAAAACAAAGACUGAUUAA